GAAGAGCGAGGAGGCGGAGGAGGAGGUGGUCACUAGCAGCCUGGAGUCCCCAGCAGCACGGCGCGCAACCCAACACACUGACAGCUGCCACUGACUGAACCAAGGGGAAAGAUGGAGCACAGAAACACCGACUUCAACAUAAUGUUAGCGACCGACUCAUACAAGGUAACACAUUACAAACAGUAUCCCCCCAACACGAGUAAAGUAUACUCCUAUUUCGAGUGUCGGGAGAAGAGGACGGAUUCCACCAAAAGCCGAAAAGUCAAAUAUGACCAAAUUGUUUUCUACGGACUACAGUACAUCCUUCACAAAUACCUAAAAGGAAAGGUAGUGACUCCAGAAAAGAUCCAGGAGGCAAAGGAAGUAUACAGGGAACACUUCCAGGACGAUGUUUUCAACGAGAAAGGCUGGAAUUAUAUUUUGGAGAAAUACGACGGACACCUGCCCAUCGAAAUCAAGGCAGUGCCAGAGGGCAGCGUCAUUCCUCGAGGGAACGUCCUGUUCACGGUGGAGAGCACGGACCCCGAGUGCUACUGGCUCACCAACUGGGUGGAGACCAUCCUGGUUCAGAUCUGGUACCCCAUCACGGUGGCAACGAACUCCAGGGAGCAGAAGAAGAUCCUCGCUAAGUACCUCGUGGAGACAUCUGGCAAAUUGGAGGGACUGGAGUACAAACUACAUGACUUCGGCUACCGGGGCGUCUCCUCACAAGAGACUGCAGGCAUCGGGGCCUCCGCCCACCUGGUCAACUUCAAGGGCACAGAUACAGUUGCUGGCAUUGGAGUCAUCAAGAAGUACUACGGCACCAAGGACCCGGUGCCAGGGUUCUCAGUGCCCGCUGCAGAGCACAGUACCAUCACAGCGUGGGGGAAGGACCAUGAAAAAGAUGCCUUCAAGCACAUCAUCGAGCAGUUCCCCAGCGUCCCCGUGUCCAUAGUCAGCGACAGCUACGAUAUCUACAACGCCUGUGAGAAAAUCUGGGGAGAAGACCUCCGGGAGCUGAUAGAGAAGCGCAGUCCGGACGCUCCGCUGGUCGUCCGGCCGGACUCUGGAAACCCACUUGAUACUGUUCUGAAGGUUUUGGAGAUCCUGGGGAAGAAAUUUAUUCCACAGGAGAACUCUAAAGGUUUCAAGGUUCUCCCUCCUUACAUCAGAGUCAUACAAGGAGACGGGGUUGAUAUCAACACGCUGCAGGAGAUAGUGGAGGGUAUGAAGCAGCACAGGUGGUCCAUUGAGAACAUUGCUUUUGGAUCUGGGGGGGCUCUGCUGCAGAAACUGACCCGAGAUCUGCUCAACUGCUCCUUCAAAUGCAGCUAUGUUGUCACUAAUGGCUUAGGGGUGAAUGUGUUCAAGGAUCCAGUGGCAGAUCCCAACAAGAGGUCUAAGAAAGGUCGCCUGUCUCUGCACCGGACACAGAGUGGAGAGUACGUCACCCUAGAGGAGGGCAAAGGCGACCUGGAGGAGUACGGCUUGGACCUGUUGCACACGGUCUUUAAGGACGGAAAGAUCGUGAAGAUGUACACAUUCGAUGAAGUCAGAGACAAUGCUAAGCUCAAGGAGAGUGAGCUUAAAGAUCUGCACUGAGCACAGCCCCACUAAAGUCCCACCCACUGAACCCUACAGUAGCCCCCGACCCCCUUAAACUCUGCACCUUUCGACCUCCGACGUCACCUCAGAACGUGGCGGUAGUGUACACUGCAAAUCGAUUUGAAUCUCUAAGCCUGACAGGCCCCUAAAACGUUCCUAAAACCCCCUUCAAAAUUCCCUGACCACCCUCAGCUGCUGGUUCUCCGGCAGAGGAGGGAUUUUGCCAACUCACUAAACUGAACAUCCGGUGAUUAUAAUGACAGAUUGCAACUUACAGAAUGCGAUUGGCUGCUGAUGGGCAACAUGUCUGUGUGUAAGAGGUCGUGGCAGCUGCGUUAUGAGCGAACCCUCGUACGUUGAAGUGAGAAGGAACCCGAUGAGACUGAUAUAAACCUACACCUAAACCAACCCGCCCUGCCCCAUGUAUUGUGUACAGAAGUGUUCCAAAAUGUCUGACUCCUUUAGCUUCGUCCUUUAUGUAAAGGCAGAAAAUGAUGAUCAUUGUAUAUACUGGUGCACUGAUAACGUUGGUGAGCAACAGCUAAUGUCUUGGUAGCAGAGAGCCCCACCAACCCUCGUUUCCCCGCUUUUCUUCAGUAAUGGCCGAGUUAUAGGAGGCCAGCGUCUGUCCAGUCCUGCCUGAAUCUGUGUGGCUCUGACUCUGCUGUUGGUGCAUCUCUCACGGUAUAGAAAUGAUCAUUUUCUCCCCGUAACGUUGCCCACGGCGCGUCUGUAUCGCGAAGACCUCAUCCACAGCGCUUCUUUUAACUGUUUUAAUUUCACUGAAUCUCAUCACAGAUUUAGUUUUCUCUUCUUAUUUUUUUGACAUGCCUCAAAUCUUUCCACAACUAAGCUGAGACAUUAUUAUAUUUUCUUACUGGAAUAGGAAAAGUGACUGGGGUCUUCAUGAUGCUGGGCGCUUUUAAAGCCAAUCUUUGCUUUAUAAGACCAAGAGUUGAUGUUAAAAAAAAUAAAGUUCAUUCAUUCCGGUGAAGGAAUCAUCUUCCCCGGAAUGAUGUGACCUCACCUCUAUGUGAUCUAUGUGUUUAUGAAAGACGCUGAACUGUGUGUUAAAUGUUGGUUGUGUCCGUGUGUGUGCGUGCGACCGCUCCUGUGUUUGUGCACCGGUCUUCUUCUUCCCUUUUCGACUGUGUUGUGUUAAUUUAUGCGGAGAUUAGGAAGACGGGAGAGGACUCUUCCUUUCACUCUGCUGGUGUGCAGCGUGACAACCAGUGUGCGUUAUUUUUAUUUCCUGUAAAUCAAACCUCAAAGGACAGGACUCGUACUAGCCAUACUGUGGCAGGUGGUAGAGCUCAGUUGCUGAUAAGUAAAACAUUGCCCUCGAUAUCACUGCCUUAACUUAAAAGCAGCAAAAGACAAAAGCGGAGGUGCUUCCAUGGAAGCGUGGAUGCGAGGAGUUCGUUAUCUCCCGCUCAGAGCUUCGCGGUGUUUUUAUGUGCGUUGAGUCACGUCGCUGAGUCGUCCGUUUCUAAAUGCAGAGAGAUUUUUGUUGCAGAGCUCGGAGGGGUCGGGAUGGUGACGUUACAGGAAACAAAGGGGGUUUUGAAGCUAAUUAUUGCUGUAGGAAACUACACAUUUUCCAUUAGGCUCCAUGUUGUUACCAUCAAUGCUCUGAUGCGAGAUGCAGGCACUAAAGCUACAUUUAACCUCUUGGUCUGUCUUCUACUUGGAGUCAGAGUCAAGUGUCUCACCAGCUGUUCAACACUUUUUUUGUUAGUGAAACAUGUCAGUUUGAAGUUAGAUAGAUCCAAACUUUUCAAGCCUUAAGUUCAGGAGGGAAUCCCUGCAAAUGAAUGACAUUAAGAGGAUAAAUGUUACUGUGCUCACGUUGCCACUUAGCUGAUCUAUUUUAGCCUAAGAGUCAGGUGAUCGUCAUUGUUCAGCCGCUUCUAGCUGCUGCCCAGUGUAUCUGUGCCACCCUGUGCCCCCUCCGUCCUGGAGCUUCUAGAGCUGUAGUGGCCUUACUCACAUUCCCCGUGGACGUGGACCCUGUUUACCUUCUGUGACCUUGCGGAACCACCUUGACGGGACCUGUGAUGUCACCGACUGACCCCCGGCCUCCGGGCUCUGCCCGACCUGCUCGGACGCAGACAGAACGCAGGUCGUCGUGAGCUCCGACGUGACACAAGUGAUGUGUUCUUGUAUUUCCACAGCUGUUGAAACUGUUCCAGACUUAGUUGUCGUUUUGUUUUACAGUAACGGGGAGCACUCGGUAAACGUUUGAUUUUACCAUUUUGAUACUGUCUCAGUUCUUACCUCGGAGCAAAAUAUUAUUUUAUACGACAAAGGAGUAAAACGCCAGAGAUCCUGCAGUGAAUCUGUUUGUUUCCAAGCGAUGCGGCCAUACUGCCUUCUGACAGCAGCGAGGGCAGGACAGACAAACAACCACAAUAGAUUCUAUUAUUUUUGUCUGAAUGAGCGUUUUUGUACCAACAGGAACAUCCUAAGCUGCUCGGCUCAUCUGGCGGUGCGUCGAGCUUUAAGCGCUGGUGUGUGAGAGUGUGAGUGUCAGCGAGCGGAUGCCUCCUGUGUAAUGACUGGAACUGUGUUUGUAAUUUUUUUCUUUCUUCAUGUUGUUGUUUGACUCGUCUGUAUAUUGGCUGUCCCCAGUUCUCUCCUCCACACAACUGAUAUUUUAACUAAUCUAACUUGUGACAGUACGUUGAUUAAAGAUGCCACCCUGACAGUUGAAA